AUGUCUUCCGAGAAACCGAUAUAUGCCGUACCAAUGAAAUGCCGGGGAAAUGAUUACAUCCGGAUUGCCAACAAAAGUGAGAAAAGCCCAAGCUGGAAGGAACAGACUGCUCCCUACAGCAGUCACACUCCACUGAUGAUGGCUGAUGGUUCAAACACCACACCCAGUGGUGUAUUCAACAACAGGGGCAACCACAUCGACUUUAGAACUGACCUCUAUGGCAACACCCAGCAGGACUUCCCAUCCCUUCCCGCCAGAAAGAAACCGCCCAGAAGCUACAUCAGGGAAACCAAAAACACGAAUCCAGUUGCUAUUCCAAAUGGGAAAAGAGACAAGUUUGAUAGUGUAGGUCAUUCCGGUCUAAAAGAGAAUCCGGAAAGUAUAGAACGGUCGAAUUCUACCAAUUGCCAAGAAGUAUUUGACAGUUACGACGGCAAUGGUUACUUAACUCCAACAGACCCUCCUGCAUACGUUGAUUCAGGUCUGGACUACAGCAGUACCGACUUCCAUUCCAUUGGCAGCGAAACAAGCACACACAGCAUUCACAAAAGGGGAGGCAGGCCCUUCCAGAGAUUUGAUUCAGGAGUUGGAGACUGUGAGUCUGUGCGAGGAUCCAGCAGUGUCAGAUUCAGCACUUCUCCGACCUGCUCCACCAACUCCGUGUCCAGCCCGCGCCUGUCCACUCAGUACGAGCAGCAGUAUGAGGACAUUGACCAGUACCAUCGGACACACCAACACCAGAAUCAUGUGCCACAGAGACGCAGUACCGACAAGAUGAAAACAGACAGUGUACGGAAUGGCCUCCCACAGCUACCACAAGUGGACAUUUCUGGUGUUACCAACUCUGACAGUGAGGACACGGAUCCAGCCAUUAACUCGUCAGUGGCUGAAAUCAUCUCACAUCCCAUGCAUGACCCACGUAUCGGGUCGUUGCCGCACACGUACAUGCCACUGAAUACCACCAACCAUCCAAUGGAUUCGAUCAAAGCAGCAAAAGCCCCAAGAAUCAGUUGCUGGAUUAUUGUUUUUCUCAUCAUCAUCCUUAUCAUCUCAGUGACAGCGUUAUGCCUAAGCAUCUAUACCUUUGUUUCAAAACCAGUCAUAUCUCAGACACUAGCCUUGGAACGUUCCGGAAACAGCUCUAUUAUCGAUCAGUCUGAUUUUGAUUCUGCCUUGGUCAGCUUGCAGCAAAAAGUUGAAGAUCUGAUAAAAGAGAAUGCAGCUUUGAAGGAAUCUUUACUGCACCAGCAGAAUAAUUUGACAAAUUUUAUUGAGCAAAAAGUUAAAGAACUUUCAUCUAAUCAAGAACACUUGAGCAGUACUCUUCAGCAAAUUGAGGCAAAAUUUGACUCAGAAAUUGCCAACAUAAGCCUCACACCAGGACCUCAAGGUCCGCCAGGCGUGGCAAACUUCUCUCUGUGUGUCACCCGGUCCAUCCUUAGAAGUGCUCCAGCAUCAUCAUCGGCUCUGACAGAAACAUCCUACCUUCCUACAGACACAGAACUACAGGACUAUUUUGUGACCUUUGCCUACUGUACCUAUGAGGGUGCUUCUGGUGCACAUUUGGAAAUGCAGCUGGACCCGACCAUCAACCGAUACAAAUACCGUUGUAGAUGUUGGGGCCAAACGACAGGAGUAGCACAAACAUUGUGCAAGACAAUCAUUUGGAUGUGUCCAGAUGGCAACUGA